CGUAGAGGUUUUUGCGAGGUCCGCUGCCAAGAAAGAGCGUCUGGAACUUGGCCAGAGGGAGCGGUCCGGGCUGUGGAGAAAUCUGCUUGUAGGUUCAACCAGGAGCUAGCUGAUCUCCCCCUCGGCAGCAAGGAUGCUCCUGGGAUUUCGGAGGGGCCACAAGGAUCAGUUCAAACACAUCGUCCAUGGCCUUCUCCCUGCAGCUAGCAUCGCCCCAAAGCCGGCUGUGCCCCGCACACCUCCUCCCCGCAGUCCCAAUGUGUCUCCGGAGAGACCAAGGUCUGCUCUGGCUGCAGCCAUCCUGGCCACAACAUUGACCGGACAGACAGUCGCCAUUCCUCAGCCUCGCCAGAGAUCCCGGGGUGACAGCAACACGGUCUGUGCCGAAAAGGACAGCUACAUCGAGCCCUACGCCACCCUCUCUGACCAGAGACUUCGACAAAGUUGGCGGAGUGAGAGGAGAGCUUCCUUUCCGUCCUUUGAGAUGCUGGGCUACGGGGAGGCAGAGGAUGAUGAAACAGAGCCGUCUUCCAGCUCCAAGGAGGCAGAACGCAGUGGUACCCAGAGAGAAGAAGACGGUUACCAUGAAGUGGAGUACGCCGUGCCACACAGGAGUCAGGUGCCUCGGUCGCAGUGGGUGGACAGCGACGAUGAUGAAGAGCCACGUGAACAAGAUGGACGUCCAGGCGCACCUGCAGCGCCGCACGCACGGCACAGAGAUGACACAGAUGCAGUUCUGAAUUUAAAGGAUGAAAAGACUUUGUUGUGUGAAAAACCUCUACCCUCCCCAGGUGUAACUGGUAGGGCACGUCAGAGAUCUAAAAAAAUGAUCAAAGAAAAGUUUAAAGAACUAAAAGAAGAAAAUUUGCUCCUGAACAAUACAAAUCAAGCCCUCACCCUUGAACUACAGGUAACGAAAGAAGCGAUGCGAGAGCUGCAGCUAACGUGUAAGAGACUAGAACGCGCCAAUUCUAGGCUGAAGGAAGCUGAGAGAGAGUCCCCUCGGGAAGCUGCUGAAACUGAAUUACUUAAUCUAAGGAAACAAGCUCAAGAAUUAGUGGAUGAAAAUGAUGGGCUGAAAACGACCAUCCAUCGUUUGAAUGUGGAACUGAGUCGAUAUCAAACCAAAUUUAGGCAUUUGUCUGAGGAAGAGAGUUUCAACACUGAAGGCCUCCCAUCAAAGGGCCCUGUACCACCCUGGUUGUUGAAUAUAAAGUACCUGUCGCCAUUACUGCUGGCUUAUGAGGACAGAAUGAAAGAGAAAGACGAGCUGAAUGCCGCCCUUGAGGCGGAAAUGAGAAUGUUUCGGACACGAGUCGAGGAAGUGGUGAAGGAAAAUGAAGACUUGCACCGGAAGUUAAAUGAGAGCAGUCCUGUUACCAGCGAGGAAUGGCGUCAGCUUCAGACUCAAGCAGAGCUGGUCUUGGAGGAGAACAAGCUGUUGCUAAAACACUUGGAGAUCCAGCAAGUGAAAGCCACGGAGGCCCACCAGGAGCAUCUCCAAGAAGUUGCUAAGCUGACUAAAAAAUUGAUGCUGCUGGAAUCUACCACGCAGACCCAGGAGGAGGAGCUCAGGGCCAGGAAGGAGCAGGUGGAGGCCUUACAAGCUCAAUGCCAAGAACUCCAGACACGCCUGGGGGACACCAUUGAAGCAGAAGUUCAUGCGUCAAUUGUAAAUAAAUUAAAAAGCCAGUUACAGGAGAAGGAUGAGAAAGGAAUCGCUGAGGUGGAAGAGUUGCUAGAAACACUGACCAUUUUGCAAACGCACCAGAAGAAAUUGUUUUUGGAGAAGGACAGUUUGGCAGCUAAAAACCAAACCCUGGAAGCCGAGCUUAAAAAGGCACAGAAGAUAAACAGGAAAUCGCGAAAGAAAAUUGAUCUCCUCAGAAAGCAGGUGGACAAAGCCCUGGGCAACGAGAUGUCUGCCCACCAGUACCUGGCGAGCAUUGUCGGCCUGGCAGAGAGCGUGGCCCAGGAGCGGGACACGCUUAGGGUUUUGGCUACAUAUUUAGACGGUGAGAAGAACGGAGUCCUCAAUAAAAGCAUAAAAGACAAAAUCCGACUGGGAAGGUUGGAGGAGCAGUUCAAGGGCUACAAGAAGCAGACAGAGCUGAAGCUGGAGGACAUCAGCUGCCGUCUGACAGAACAACGGGAGGUGCUGGCAGGCCAGACAGCACAGUACCAGCAGGAGAUGAGGUACCUCCACCAGAUGCUGCAGGGCAAGCAGGAGGUCCUGGAUGAGGCCCUGCAGCAGAAAAGAGAAAUUGAAGGUGAACUUGAAGUUGUUUGGGAGUCCACUUCCAAGGAGAACCAAAGAGUGCGAAGACUUCUGCAGGCCACGCUGGAGAGGACAGGUGUGUGGGACAGCAUCGGACCUCUGGAGGACGCCGGCCUCAGCAGCACAGCUCCUGAACAUCUACUGGAUGGUUGUUGUGACCUGAAGCCUCUUCCUGCUGCCCACGAGAGUCGGCCGGAGCCGCUGGUCUAG